AUGGCACACCAUCCCACACCACCGUUUUGGAACACUACUUUACAAGAUGUCAUCAUCGAUAAACCGAACGUUAUAACAAACGUGACGAUUGUAUUCCUCACAAUUGUGUGCACAACGACAAUCAUCGUCAACGCAGUAACAGCAAUUGUUAUUUUAAUUGAUCGUACAUUACGUCAACAAAAUCAUUACAUGCUUCUGUUAAAUCUGAGUAUACUGGGAUUGCUGGUCGGAGUAGUUGCCGUGCCUAAAGAUAUCGUGUUAUAUGUUCACCGGCCAGCACCGUGGUUGUGUCAGUUGUCGACAGGAGUCUCCAUCAUGUUUACUCUAAGCGUCAUCGGCAGCACCGCUCUUUUGAGUUUACAUAAAUAUGUCCACAUAUUUUACCCGCUCAUCUAUACCACUUUAGUCACAACUAAGCGUGUUGGAGUAGCCAUCACCGCUAUCUGGCUACUGCCAAUCGUUAUCUUCUUAACGGUUUCUGUAGUCGCCAUGGCAAACGGAGAGGGUUUUUUCAACUCAGUACCCGGUUGUGAAGGAUAUAAACCGGCGCUCGUAGUGGUUAUUGUGCCAACAGUUUUCUUCAUAACGGGAGUGUGUAUUGUACUUUUCACCAAUAUUCGCAUCGCGUGUCUAGUGCGAGAAAAACGUCGUCAUAUCCGCGCGUUAACUUUAGAAACGGCCGUGGCGGGCACCGAGGCGUCACAGUCGACUAGACCAGUGGCUUUGUCAAAACGUGAAGUCAACGUUGCAAUUACACUUUUCGUUAUUCUUACAACCUGGAUAAUUUUCUGGACUCCGGUUUUUGUUGUAAUUGUGCUCAGCGUAUUGUAUCCGAACGGUAGCCAUGGAAAUGCGUUAUUUUGGACAACGCAAUUAUCUUAUUCAUUUUCUACCCUGUGUCCGUUCAUUUACGCCUUCGACAAACCCUUUCGCGUAGCUUGUAACAAGUAUGUGUUUCGCAAGCGAGAAGUUCAGUCAUUGCAGCAUAUCGAUACAACCAGGGUUACUAGAAGACCGUGA